AUGCAAAGGAUAACUUAUAUAAAUAAACAUAUGACUCAUAUUAUAGGGUCAAACGGUAAUAAUUCAUACCAAUACAAUGAUGUUCCCCAGAAUUUGGGUACAUUAAAUUUGUCUAUUGAGUUUAUGACUAUACAUCGUUUACAUAGAAGAUGA